ACCAUGAGGCACAUUAUAUUUUAUUGUUGUAUCCAGGGUAAAAUAACAGCUACACUUAAUCUACACUGCGAUUGAGCUCUCCCGUGAUCGACGCAGCUUCUUCUGCUCGAUAUUAACGUACCGGCAGCGUUCGCGAGAGUCCAGAACUCUGCGCGUGGACGGUCUGUGAGUACGAGGUGGGCCCAGGCUGUCUGGACUAUAAUGGGAGCCUUCUAGUUUUGUCAGUGUAGGUGGGCUGUAAUGGUUCAGUCCGAGGUGCGAACACCUUUGGGACUGAGCAUCUCUUCUGUCAUACGUAAGCGUGACUGACUCUGUAGCGUCUCCACAGGGAUCCUCCCCGGUCAGCAUGCGCUCGUUGACGGUGCGACGGAGCUAUUAAGAUGCGCGUCGGUUUUGAAACACAGGCAGUUGAGUAAACAAAUCAAUAAAAGCCGUGAUCAACAAGCGAGUAAUGUAAAGAUGGCGAGACUGCUUCAUAACUUGCUGUUGUUGACAGUCGGGCUGACGCUGAAGAUCAGAGUUAUGGGAUACUGGUCUCUCAUCUACGGAUACUGCGCGCUAUGCACGGGCGUAGCGCUGCUCAAACUUGGCUGGAAUAUCAUCCUGCGACCGUCAACAACCUUCCAGUGGACGGUUCGUGAGACACCCCCUGCGUGCCUGAAUGACACGUCCUUGGGAACCCACUGUUAUGUUAGAAUCAAGGAGUCUGGGCUCAGAUUUCACUAUGUUGCUGCUGGAGAACGAGGAAAGCCACUUAUGCUGUUUCUGCAUGGAUUCCCUGAGUUUUGGUUCUCCUGGCGUCACCAGCUGAGGGAAUUUAAGAGCGAGUUCCGUGUUGUUGCUGUAGAUAUGCGAGGCUACGGGGAAUCUGACCUGCCCUCCUCCACUGAGAGCUACAGACUGGACUACCUUGUCACUGACAUCAAGGACAUUGUGGAGUAUCUGGGAUACAACAGAUGUUUUCUCGUGGGUCAUGACUGGGGUGGCAUCAUCGCAUGGCUCUGUGCAAUUCACUACCCUGAAAUGGUGACAAAACUCAUAGUGCUGAACAGCCCUCACCCCUGUGUGUUCACUGAUUAUGCCCUUCAUCACCCCAGUCAGAUGCUCAAGUCAAGUUACUACUUUUUUUUCCAGUUGCCAUAUUUCCCAGAGUUAAUGCUCUCCAUCAAUGAUUUCAAGGCGCUGAAGAGUCUAUUUACCAGCCGCAGCACAGGUAUCAGCUGUAAGGGCCGGUGGCUCACCACAGAAGAACUCGAAGCAUACCUGCAUGCCCUCUCACAGCCAGGGGCCCUCACUGGGGCCCUCAACUACUUCAGAAAUGUCUUCAGUGUCCUCCCACUGAGUCAGAGUGAGGUGAAGUCUCCUGUAUUGCUGCUGUGGGGAGAACGAGACGCCUUUCUGGAGCAGGACAUGGCCGAGGCCUGCCGCCUGUACAUCAGAAACCAUUUCCGCCUCAACAUCAUCUCUGGAGCCAGUCACUGGCUUCAACAAGACCAGCCCGACAUCGUCAACACACUCAUAUGGACUUUCAUUAAGGAGGGAGAAGGCCGGAAAAACUACAGGAACUUAUAAUGGGGUCCUUCUCCCUCUGAGCUCACCUGAAGAGGGGACCAGGGAAAAAGAUACAGACACAAAUCAAACUUCAGUGAAGCGGAAAAAGAACAAAAGCACAUUUCAAUCAGAGGGGUUGCUUAGAGAGUAGUGUGUUUAAUCUAUUUUUCUCAAGUUUGCACAUGACAUUCGCCUUAAGGUUUCUUGGUGACAGUGUUUAAAAGUGUGUUGCAAAAUAUCUGUGAGUAAGCUGUAUUGUGUGGUGCCUUUCGACAUUUUGCAGCAUAAAAGAUGUGCCAUGUCUUUUUGAGACUGAGCUGUCAGUCAUCGGAUUUGCUACUCUCUGCACUCUCUGUAACCCAGUCUUAUGGGAGUCCUGAACCCCUCCACCUCUCUAUCAGGUGGUGUUGUCUUAGUGGAAGCUAUUCUGUUUUGUAUCUUUGACAAUAUUUUGCUUAAACAUUUGAGAAUGUCAUUAUUUUGAUCGUCCUGUAUGAUAAAACAAAGUGAUGUUUCAAUAUUGUAGACUUUUUUGUAUCUUCUCCUAAACACUGCAUCUAAGAACCAGCUCUGCACCAUUUUGAUUUUCUAAGCAAAUAAAUAAUAGCGGAAAGUCACUGACUUGAAUUCAUAAUUUGCUCUCUCUGUUACUGUUGCUCUCUCUGUUCAUAUACAAGAAUGUUCUGCAAAGUUAGUAUAAAGUAAAAAAAAAAAUUAAACAAAGUUAUUGAUAACAUGUAUUUAAUAAGAUGCUUGCAAAUUUUAAGAUACGUGGAAUGUUUUAAGUCUGAAUAAAGGUGAAAUGGCAAAUUUUCAUUUCAAAUAAAGUAACGGAAAAAGGGAGGAAAUACAUUUUAUUAAUUUAAUUCUUAUUUUAACAUUGGGGUGAGGUCAAUAAAUAUUUUCACACAGAAUUAAAUUCAUGUAAAUUACAUUUUAUGUUUAAAAAAUACAUUACACACUCAGUUUUGUAAUGUGAUUACUGGUAACACUUUAAAACAAGGUUCUGUUUGUUAAAAUGUAAAGUUCACUACAUUAGUUAAUUAACUAACUAACAAUGGAAAAUACUUUAAUACUUUGGAAUUUAUUAAUCUUAGCUCAUUUUAAUUUCAGCAUUUAUUAAUACAUUAUUAAAACUAUAUUUGCAACUGUUAAUAUUUAUAUUUAAUGGACCUGUGCCAACAUAAAAUAACAAUAAACAGUAACAAAUGCAUUGCUAAUUAUUAUGUAAUGUUAGUAUAUGCAAUAAUUAAAGUUAAUUAAUGGGACCUUGUUGUAAAGUGUUAUUGGUUUACUCAACACAGCCCUCCUUUUUAAAUCCAAGUCAUUAGGGUAAUGCAAUAAACACUACUCGAUGUGCAACACCAAGUUAUCAAAUUCAACCUCAGUCUCUACUAAAUAAAAGUAUCUACUUAAUGUAUAAAUCACACAACAAUUUCACUUUUCUAUAUUAUUAUUUUUGAUUGCUAUUAUAAAUCAAACUGUCGUAGGUGUGAACUAUUCAUUGUGAGAUUGUAUUAUUGUUUUUCCACAUUCAUACUAAAUAAAUGUAUUUAUUUUUCAGUGA